CGCACCGCAAGAGAACGCACGCGUGUAACUCUCUCGCUCGCCGGGUCUCACGCGCGUCCAGUGCAACCAACAAAACAUCUGUGACAGUGACAUGAUUUUGUGUUAUUAUCGGAUUCACUAACUGUACCAUUGAAAACGUGGUGUGUGUGGCGACAGGCGCUGAAGGAGCGGUGAUGCGCCGCGAGCGCCCGGGAUCGACACAUGCAUGCCGCCCGCGCACCCGGUGUGGUUGUGAUGUCAUGGUGGUGGGUCGCGCUGUUCGCGCUGGUGGCACCCGCCCGCGCCGCGCCCCGGGCGGGCAACGGUGAGCUAUUUUACAGUUACCAAAUGUCGCGCAAAUCGUGCGUAGCUGGAGGGGCGCGUGGGGCGUGCAUGUGGGUGCAGGAGUGCAACCGAGUGGGGGGCACCCACGCUGGGGUCUGCGUCGAUGGGUUCAUGUUCGGCUCGUGCUGUCGACUGCCGGACAGGCCAGUGACAGUAGAAGAAUCUACGAGCAGCAUAGCAGUUACAGAUCGGCCGUUUUCACUGCCAUCUAGCGGUCACACCACAACAAGUCAAGCGCCGAAAACUUCCACGCAAAGCAGCCCGCGACCAAGCACUUUCCAAACGCAGCGCCCGUCGUUCAUGACUAAACCAAUAGAUGGCGCUCCCUCAUCUUACAGCUAUAGGCCGCCAGAAAUAAACGUACCUUCAUUAGGCAAUUUAGAUACAAGUAACGAACAAAAUAGUGAUAUAGUUAAUAAAAUAUCGUAUAACAGUGUAAAUAAGUACCAAAAUGUACAUAGGCCGAGCGAUGUGGAAACUAGUCCCCACAACAAGAUAUCGUCUAGUCUUAGCAUAAUUCCGGGCGCGAGGCCGUUGGCCGUAUCUGAGCAACACGCAGAAAAUAGCAUUUCUUCAGCACAAUUUAUGUCAAGACCAAACAAUCUGAACACGAUCCACUGGCAAGCGACCACCGAACCUUCCUUCAUCACGAAGCCCCGACCCUCGAACUGGGAGAAGCCUGCAGGGAAACCAAAGCCGACGAAGAAGUUCACCACCACCACGAGUAAACCCCACAAGAAUUAUGUGAAACCCAAGGACCCGUCUUUGAAUAUAAUCAAUAAGACAGAUGAGACUACAGUUUCGCCGGUACAUACCACUGCGGCGACUAGUAGUGUAGAAUGUGGUCUCACAGCUAUGUGGCCUCGUCCCGAGACCCGUAUCAUGGGGGGCAAAGAUUCCAGCUUCGGUCGCUGGCCGUGGCAGGUCUCCGUCAGACGGACAUCCUUUUUCGGCUUCUCCUCCACGCACAGGUGUGGGGGGGCCAUCAUCAACGAGGGCUGGAUAGCGACGGCUGGCCACUGUGUUGAUGACCUCCUAACCGCCCAAAUCCGAAUACGCGUCGGGGAAUACGACUUCUCAUCAGUAUCGGAACAAUACCCUUACGUGGAGCGAGGAGUGGCUCGCAAGGCAGUUCAUCCUAAAUACAACUUCUUCACUUACGAGUAUGAUCUAGCUCUGGUGAAAUUAGAGGCUCCGGUACAGUUCGCGCCGCACAUUUCUCCGAUAUGUUUGCCGGCGUCUGAUGAUUUGUUGGUGGGGGAGAAUGCUACUGUGACCGGGUGGGGGAGGCUGUCGGAAGGUGGCGUACUGCCAUCUGUUUUGCAGGAGGUGCAAGUGCCAAUAGUAUCAAACGAGCGUUGCAAGUCCAUGUUCCUGCGCGCGGGCAGGCACGAGUUCAUCCCCGACAUCUUCUUGUGCGCGGGCCACGAGAGGGGCGGCCACGAUUCUUGCCAGGGCGAUUCGGGAGGACCGCUACAGGUCAAGGGAAAAGAUUCAAGGUACUUCCUAGCUGGCAUCAUCAGCUGGGGUAUUGGUUGCGGCGAAGCAAACCUCCCAGGCGUCUGCACCAGGAUAUCCAAAUUUGUACCCUGGAUCUUACAGACCGUGAACUCAUAGACAGAACGAAGAAUGUGACAGUGUUAUACGAACCGAAAGUGUAGACUGAUCAGUUCGAUAAAGAACUAUACGAAUUUUUAUUGACGUUGAUAAGGCACAUGUCUUGUCUUCCCUCUCCUUCUAUACUGAAGAGUUGGAAAGGGAAGGAGAUAUAUGCCUCGUCAAUGUUCGUAAAUAUACUCGGACGAAUUCAGUUCAAGUUACCUUCAAAAAUGUUGAUUAGAUUCAACGUUUUCUGAGGCG